AUGGAGCUGGAGGAAGUUCUGGUGGCGGCGCUGCAGGUUAUCGUUCUGUGUCUGAGAAGCUCCCUCGUUCUCUCUUGCGCUUACAUGCGUCGAAUGUGUGAGAGAAACCGGUCUUUAUCCCUAGCGACCCAAAGGUCAAGGACAAGAUGGAGAGUGCUACAUGGCAACGCAGCUCGGUACUCGCGUCGGGCACGUGUGUAUUGGUACGCCCUAGCGGGCGUGCCUGUGACCCAUCAUUCUUGGGUUUACCCAAGGCGUACAGACUGGUGGGAGAAGUUCAUGCUUGGAUUCUGUAGCGACGAGCAGUGGCUGCGCAAUUUCCGGAUGACAGAGCAAACAUUUUCUGAAAUUGUAUCAGCGUUAAGAGGACGGCUCCUGCGGAAGAGGACCGUCAUGCGUGAGCCGGUUCCGGUGGAGAAACGCGUAGCGAUUGGCAUCUGGUACCUGGCCAACAAGAGUACCUACAGGAAGGCCCAGGAGAAGUUUGGUGUUGGAAUGUCUACGGUCGGGGAGGCAGUCUUCGAUGUCUGUUUCGCUUUGGAAAUAGAGCUGUACCGCAAGACUGUUUGCCUGGGUCCCGAUGUUGCUAAGAUAAUGGAUGGAUUCAGUCGCCUGGGGUUUCCUCACUGCAUUGGCGCCAUAGAUGGAAUAUACCUGCCAAUUAUUUCCAAGGGGAUGAAGAUCGACAUCCUGGUGCAGGGGACUGUGGACCACACUGGGCGGUUCAUUAACGUAGAGGUGGGGAUGGACGGAAGGGGCUGCGACGCUUUUGUCUUUUGCAAGUCUGCACUCUGCACGGCCAUGGAUGCCGGAGAGUAUAUCCCAGGGAACCCUACCCUCCAUCUUGAAGGGCUCUUGGUUCCUCCACUCAUAGUGGCAGAUGGAGCAUACCCUAUGAGGCGGUGGCUGAUGAAGCCGUUCGGCCGAAGCAGAGACAGGCGCAAGAGGAAUUUUGACGAUGCCUUGUAUCGGGCACGAAAUGUGGCGGAGUGUGCCUUUGCCCGGCUGAAGGAUCGUUGGAGAUGCCUUUCUGUGCGCCUCAGUGUGAAGAACGUGGCAUCCAUGGUCAGAGCCUGUGUCGUCCUGCACAAUAUCUGUGAGGAAAAGGGGCAUCCAUUAUUGCAGGAAGACUCUGAGCAGGUCCCUUCCCUGGCAGACCUCUUGCGCUCCGCACCCACUGUGGGGGGCACUCAGGCUUCUGUGGCGAAUGACCUAAAUGACAUGUGCCAUUUAGACGAGGGAAAAGCUGGCCCCAUAUCCUUUGAGGAGGUGGCUGUGUAUUUCACGGAGGAGGAGUGGGCUCUCCUGGAUCCUGAUCAGAGAGCUCUUUACAGGGAAGUGAUGCUGGAGAACAAUGAGAUUGUGGCCUUUCUGGGAUCUUGGUUCUGCAAACCUGACCUCAUUUCUAGGUUGGAAGAAGUGAAGGAGAUGUUUGCCCAAUAUUCUGAGGACAUGAGCUCAACAGGAGAAGAAAGAAAACCAAGUGGAUUCUUCCUGGGAAACAAAGAGGAUUUGGCAGCUGAAGAAAAAAAAGCUGGGAAUCAAGAAAGUCCAAAGAGUAGGCAGAGAAGGAAGAAUGAAGGAAGCAGUCAGAGCGGAAAACUUACUUUUCACCAAAGGAUUUACACUAGGGAGGAACCACAUAAAUGUUUGGAGUGCGGGAAGAGCUUCACGCGCAAGAACAAGCUAAUUGAGCACCAUAGGAUUCACACUGGGGAAAAACCAUACACAUGCUUGGAGUGUGGAAAGAGCUUCAGUAGGAAUGACAAGCUAGCUUGUCAUCAUCGGUUACACACAGGGGAGAAACCAUAUAAAUGCUUGGAGUGUGGAAAGAGCUUCACUGCAAAAAGCAAUCUUACUAGUCACCAAAGAAUGCAUACAGGGGAGAAACCGUAUGAAUGCCUGGAGUGUGGAAAGAGUUUCUGUAACAGAAAAAGCCUUACUUAUCACCAAAGAAUGCAUACAGGGCAGAAACCAUAUAACUGUUUGGACUGUGGAAAGAGUUUCAGUCACAGUUCAAGCCUUAGUCAGCACCACAGAAUACAUACAGGGGAGAAACGAUAUAACUGUUUGGACUGUGGAAAGAGUUUCAGUCAAGGUUCAACCCUUAGUCAGCACCACAGAACGCAUACAGGGGAGAAACCAUAUAACUGUUUGGACUGUGGAAAGAGUUUCAGUCGACGUUCAAGCCUUAGUCAGCACCACAGAACGCAUACAGGGGAGAAACUAUAUAAGUGCAUGGAAUGUGGAAAGAGCUUCAGAAGCAGUCAGAGCGGAAAACUUACUUUUCACCAAAGGAUUCACACUAGGGAGGAACCACAUAAAUGUUUGGAGUGCGGGAAGAGCUUCAGGCGCAAGAACAGGCUAAUUGAGCACCAUAGGAUUCACACUGGGGAAAAACCAUACACAUGCUUGGAGUGUGGAAAGAGCUUCCGUAGGAAUGACAAGCUAGCUUGUCAUCAUCGGUUACACACAGGGGAGAAACCAUAUAAAUGCUUGGAGUGUGGAAAAAGCUUCACUGCAAGAAGCAAUCUUACUAGUCACCAAAUGAUUCAUAUGGAGGAGAAACCAUACGAAUGCCUGGAGUGUGGGAAGAGUUUCCGUCAUAAAUGUGACCUUACUUCUCACCAAAGAAGUCACACUGGGGAGAAACCAUAUAACUGUUUGGACUGUGGAAAAAGUUUCAGUCACAGAUCAAGCUUUAGUCGGCACCGCAGAAUGCAUACAGGGGAGAAACCAUAUAACUGUUUGGACUGUGGAAAGAGUUUCAGUCACAGUUCAAGCCUUAGUCAGCACCACAGAAUGCAUACAGGGGAGAAACCGUAUGAAUGCCUGCAGUGUGGAAAGAGUUUCCGUAACAGAAAAAGCCUUACUUAUCACCAAAGAAGUCACACAGGGGAGAAACCAUAUAACUGUUUGGACUGUGGAAAGAGUUUCCGUCACAGAUCAAGCCUUAGUCAGCACCACAGAACGCAUACAGGGGAGAAACCUUAUAACUGUUUGGACUGUGGAAAGAGUUUCAGUCAAAGUUCAAGUCUUAGUCAUCACCAAAGACGUCACACAGGGGAGAAACCAUAUAACUGUUUGGACUGUGGAAAGAAUUUCAGUCGAUGUUCAAGCCUUAGUCGGCACCACAGAAUGCAUACAGGGGAGAAACUAUAUAAGUGCAUGGAAUGUGGAAAGAGCUUCAGUACAGGCCGAACCCUCAGUUCACAUCAAAGGGUUCACGCUGGGGAUAAACCAUGUAAACAAAGCUUUCACCAACCAUAG